AUGACAGGAAGCAUGAGUAUCGAACGACAAUAUCACACCGCAUCCACAUUAGCAAAUGGACAAGUAUUAGUUGCUGGUGGAUAUUAUGGUGGUUAUCUCAAUAGUGCUGAAUUGUACAAUCCAUCAACAGGCACUUGGACAACUACAGGAAACAUGAGUAUCGCACGAGAAUAUCACACAGCAUCCACGUUAGCAAAUGGAUUAGUAUUAGUUACUGGUGGAAAGUACUGCGGUGGUUAUGGUGAACUUAGUAGUGCUGAAUUAUACAAUCCAUCAAUAGGCACUUGGGCAACCACAGGAAACAUGAAUACCGCACGACAAUAUCACACAGCAUCCAGAUUAGCAAGCGGAUCAGUAUUAGUUACUGGUGGAUGGGGCAGUGGUAAUUAUUUCAAUAGUGCUGAAUUGUACAAUCCAUCAACAGGCACCUGGACAACUACAGGAAACAUGAGUUUCAUCCGAUAUAGUCACACAGCAUCCAUAUUGGCAAAUGGAUCCGUAUUAGUUGCUGGUGGAUACGGCAGUAGUGGUACUUUCAAUAGUGCUGAAUUGUACAAUCCAUCAACAGGUACUUGGACAACUACAGGAAACAUGAGUUUCUUCCGAGUUGGUCACACAGCAUCCACAUUGGUAAAUGGAAAAGUAUUAGUUGCUGGUGGCAGUAGUGCUGAACUUUAUUAA